AUGAAACACCAUGUAGUGAUAUGCAGCUUCCGAGGAGCUGUACCACAAGGCUUAGUCCUGGAACUAGGUGAAACUGUCCAGAUUCUAGAGAAAUGUGAAGGUUGGUACAGAGGUGUUUCAGUUAAGAAGCCCAAUGUAAAGGGGAUUUUUCCUGCAAACUAUAUUCACUUGAAAAAGGCAAUUGUCAGUAACAGAGGGCAAUAUGAAACGGUUGUUCCACUUGAAGAUUCUGUUGUGACUGAAGUCACGGCAACGCUGCAGGAAUGGGCUGUGCUCUGGAAACAACUGUAUGUGAAACAUAAGGUAGAUCUUUUCUACAAACUGCGCCAUGUGAUGAAUGAACUCAUUGACCUACGUAGACAGCUGCUGUCAGGUCACUUGACACAAGAUCAGGUGCGAGAGGUCAAGAGGCACCUCACAGUGAGGCUGGACUGGGGCAAUGAACAUUUGGGCCUAGAUUUAGUUCCUCGCAAGGACUUUGAGGUUGUGGACUCAGAUCAGAUCAGUGUUUCAGAUCUUUAUAAAAUGCAUUUAUCAAGUAGACACAGCGUCCAGCAGAGCACAUCACAGGUGGAUACAAUUCGUCAGCGUCAUGGGGAAGCUUGCCGUAUGCCAGUGCCUCAUCACUUCUUCCUCAGUCUAAAGAGCUUUACCUACAACACAAUUGGAGAAGACACGGAUGUCUUUUUUUCUUUAUAUGAUGUUCGAGAAGGCAAGCAGAUCAGCGAGAGGUUUAUGGUGAGGUUAAACAAGAAUGGAGGCCCCAGGAAUCCUGAGAAGAUAGAUCGAAUGUGUGCACUUUUCACAGAUCUCAGCAGCAAGGACAUGAAGAGAGAUUUGUACAUAGUUGCCCAUGUAAUUCGAAUAGGCCGCAUGUUGCUAAAUGAUUCAAAAAAAGGACCCCCACAUUUACACUAUCGCCGCCCCUAUGGCUGUGCAGUCUUGAGCAUCAUGGAUGUACUUCAGUCAAUCUCUGAACUAAAAGAAGAGAAGGAUUUUGUUCUCAAAGUUUACACGUGUAACAACGAAAAUGAAUGGUAUCAGAUCCAUGAAAAUAUUAUUCGAAAGUCCAGCACCAAAUACACAGCACCCAGCUCAAACUAUGGGCUUAUAAUAUCUCUGCAACUUCUUCGUGGUGACAUGGAGCAGAUUCGAAGGGAAAACCCUAUGAUCUUCAACCGAGGGGUUUCUGUUACCAGGAAGCUGGGGUUUCCCGAUGUCAUAAUGCCAGGUGAUAUACGCAAUGACUUAUACCUUACAUUAGAAAAGGGAGACUUUGAGAGAGGAGGGAAGAGCGUGCAGAAGAACAUCGAAGUGACCAUGUAUGUUCUGUACGCAGAUGGAGAAAUCUUGAAGGACUGCAUCAGCCUGGGCUCAGGAGAGCCAAGCAGGAGCGCAUAUCACUCUUUUGUCCUUUACCACAAUAACAGCCCUCGUUGGGGGGAAAUCAUCAAGUUGCCCAUCCCCAUAGACAGGUUUCGUGGGUCUCAUCUCCGGUUUGAGUUCAGACACUGCUCCACAAAAGACAAGGGAGAAAAGAAGCUCUUUGGUUUUGCAUUCACUCCAUUAAUGAGAGAUGAUGGCACUACCUUGUCGGAUGAUAUUCACGAGCUUUAUGUUUAUAAGUGUGACGAGAACAGCACAUUUAAUAAUCACGCAUUGUACCUGGGGCUGCCUUGCUGCAAAGAGGACUACAAUGGCUGCCCCAACAUCCCUUCCAGUCUCAUUUUCCAACGCAGCACCAAAGAGACCUUUUCAGUCUCCACACAGCUCUCUUCUACCAAACUAACCCAGAAUGUGGAUCUGCUUGCCCUCCUGAAAUGGAAAGCUUACCCAGAUCGUGUAAUGGAUAUCCUGGGAAGACUGAGACAUGUCAGUGGCGAGGAAAUUGUUAAGUUCCUACAAGAUAUUCUUGACACGCUGUUUGUGGUUUUGGAUGACAACACAGAAAAGUAUGGCCUGCUGGUCUUUCAGUCUUUGGUGUUCAUCAUAAAUCUGCUGCGUGACAGCAAAUAUUUUCAUUUUCGACCUGUGAUGGACACUUACAUUCAGAAGCAUUUUGCAGGAGCGCUGGCUUACAAAGAAUUGAUCCGAUGUUUGAAGUGGUACAUGGACCGCUCAGCUGAGCUUGUACGACAAGACCACAUCCAGGAAGCAAUGAGAGCCUUGGAAUAUCUUUUCAAGUUCAUUGUCCAGUCUCGGAUCCUUUACUCCAGAGCUACUUGCGGAAUGGAGGAGGAACAGUUCCGCUCCAGCAUCCAAGAGCUUUUCCAGUCCAUCAGAUUUGUGCUCAGCUUGGACAGCAGGAGCUCUGAGACUCUCAUCUUCACACAGGCUGCUUUGUUGAACUCCUUCCCCGCUAUCUUUGACGAGCUGCUACAGAUGUUCACUGUGCAGGAAGUAGCAGAGUUUGUGAGGGGUACCCUGGGCAGCAUGCCCAGUACAGUACAUAUUGGACAAUCAAUGGAUGUUGUUAAGCUACAGUCUAUUGCACGCACUGUUGACAGCCGCCUGUUCUCUUUCUCAGAGUCCCGGCGCAUCCUGCUACCUGUGGUUCUUCACCACAUUCACCUUCACUUACGACAGCAGAAGGAGCUACUCAUCUGCUCUGGGAUCCUCAGUAGUAUCUUCUCCAUAAUCAAGACCAGCUCUUUGGAGGGAGAUGUCGUGGAGGAAGUUGAGAUGAUGGUGGAGAGCCUCCUGGAUGUGCUUUUACAAACUCUGCUUACAAUCAUGAGUAAAUCGCAGUCUCAGGAGGCGGUAAGAGGGCAGCGUUGCCCGCAGUGCACAGCAGAAAUCACUGGAGAAUAUGUGUCCUGCCUUUUAUCAUUGCUCCGUCAGAUGUCAGACACACAUUUCCAGCACUUACUGGACAAUUUCCAAAGCAAGGAUGAACUAAAGGAGUUUCUGAUUCUCUUCUAGCUAUUCAGGAACCUGAUGAAGAUGAGUGUCUUCCCUCGGGACUGGAUGGUGAUGAGGUUGCUCACCAGCAAUAUCAUAGUUACAACAGUUCAGUACCUGUCUUCUGCACUGCACAAGAAUUUCACGGAAACAGACUUUGAUUUUAAAGUGUGGAACUCUUAUUUCAGCUUGGCCGUUCUAUUCAUAAACCAGCCAAGUCUCCAACUAGAAAAUGCCACUCCAGCGAAGAGAAAGAAGAUUCUAGAUAAAUAUGGUGACAUGAGAGUGAUGAUGGCCUAUGAGCUCUUCAGCAUGUGGCAGAACCUGGGUGAGCAUAAGAUUCACUUUAUUCCGGGAAUGAUUGGCCCCUUUCUCGGAGUUACACUCGUCCCACAACCAGAAGUUCGGAAUAUCAUGAUCCCUAUCUUUCAUGACAUGAUGGAUUGGGAGCAGAGAAAGAAUGGCAGCUUCAAACAGGUGGAAGCAGAGUUGAUCGAUAAGCUGGACAGCCUGGUCUCAGAAGGCAAAGGUGAUGAGAACUACAGGGAACUCUUCAGCCUGCUCUUGCUAGAGAAGAUUGAGCAGGAAACGUGGCGGGAAACUGGAAUCUCUUUUGUUACGUCGGUUACUCGCCUCAUGGAACGUCUGCUUGACUACAGGGACUGUAUGAAAGGCGAUGAAACAGAGAACAAGAAGAUUGGCUGCACUGUUAAUCUUAUGAACUUCUAUAAAUCUGAAAUUAAUAAGGAAGAGAUGUACAUCCGCUAUAUUCACAAGCUGUGUGACAUGCACUUACAGGCUGAGAACUACACAGAGGCCGCAUUUACCUUGCUUUUGUACUGUGAGUUGCUUCAGUGGGAGGACAGACCUCUGAGAGAGUUCCUGCAUUAUCCGUCUCAGUCAGAGUGGCAACGUAAGGAAGGUCUGUGCCGUAAGAUUAUCCAUUACUUCAACAAAGGGAAGAGCUGGGAAUUUGGCAUCCCACUAUGCAGAGAACUGGCCAUACAAUAUGAAAGUCUCUAUGACUAUCAGAGCCUCAGCUGGAUUCGGAAAAUGGAAGCUACCUAUUAUGACAAUAUCAUGGAACAGCAGCGCUUGGAACCUGAGUUUUUCCGAGUUGGUUUUUAUGGUCGGAAAUUCCCAUUUUUCCUGCGGAACAAAGAAUACGUAUGUCGUGGCCACGACUAUGAGAGACUGGAAGCCUUCCAGCAGCGGAUGCUGAGCGAGUUCCCACAAGCCAUUGCAAUGCAGCAUCCAAACCACCCCGAUGACUCUAUACUGCAGUGUGAUGCCCAGUAUUUACAGAUCUAUGCAGUGACUCCCAUCCCGGACAAUAUUGAUGUGCUGCAAAUGGACCGUGUCCCUGAUCGCAUAAAGAGCUUUUACCGAGUCAACAAUAUCCGGAAAUUCCGCUAUGACAGGCCUUUCCAUAAAGGCCCAAAGGACAAGGAGAAUGAAUUUAAGAGCUUGUGGAUUGAACGUACCACUCUGACCUUGACUCACAGUUUGCCUGGGAUCUCUCGUUGGUUUGAAGUGGAAAGAAGAGAACUGGUUGAAGUAAGUCCUUUGGAAAAUGCCAUUCAAGUGGUUGAGAACAAAAACCAGGAGCUGAGAACACUGAUAAGCCAGUACCAGCAUAAACAAAUGCAUGGGAACAUUAAUCUUCUCAGCAUGUGUCUGAAUGGAGUGAUUGAUGCAGCUGUGAAUGGGGGAAUUGCACGAUACCAGGAGGCCUUUUUUGAUAAGGAUUAUAUCACAAAGCACCCUGGGGAUGCAGAGAAAAUCACACAGCUGAAGGAACUCAUGCAGGAACAGGUACAUGUCUUAGGAGUGGGUCUGGCAGUCCAUGAAAAAUUUGUACACCCAGAAAUGCGUCCUCUACACAAGAAACUGAUAGAUCAGUUCCAGAUGAUGCGAUCGAGUUUGUACCAUGAGUUACCUGGUUUGGAUAAGCUGAGUCCAGCCUGUUCCGGCACUAGCACACCACGCAGCAAUGUUCUGGUUUCGCAUGGACCUAUGAGCCCAGAGAGCAUAAAGCUGGUGCAUCGACACAGCCCACUGAACUUGCUUGGUUCAGUCCGACACUCGUCAUCCUCUCUGUCAUCCCACACCUCCAGCGAAACAGGAAACCUGGUUAUCCUAACAGACAGUUCUGUGGGGGAGACUGCUGAGGAUAUGUACCACAUGCAGCUUGUUUACCCUAACUCCAGGUACCAAGGCUCAGUCACCAACGUGUCUGUUUUAUCCUCGUCCCAGGCCAGCCCUUCCACCUCAAGCCUGAGCUCUACCCACUCUGCACCAUCCCAGAUGAUUAACUCUGCCCCUUCCAGUGCACGAGUGCUGGUGAAAGGUGCUGGAUUGACAACACUGGAGGCUGAAGCCCUCUAUUUAUCCACAGAACAGAUACAGCAUGGGCGGCAGCCGUGCAAGCUUCCCCACGCUGCCCCCACCAAUGUGCCUCAUCUCUGUCCUGGAGGAACCACCUCUAGAGGCUCUCCCUCUCUACCAGAUAAGUACCGCCACACUCGGGAGCUGAUGAUGUUGCUGCCAACCCAUCGGGACCGACCCAGCAGCGCCAUGUAUCCCACAGCUAUCAUGGAAAACGGACAGCCUCCAAGUUUCCAGCGCGCCUUGAUCCAGCAAGUGAUUGGACCAUGCAAACCUUGCAGUGAUCCCAACCUGUCUGUGGCUGAGAAAGCUGUGCCAGCAGCACCCAGCAGCUGGAGCCUAGACAGCGGAACCAGAGAGGCCCUGCCAUUCCUGUCCGCCCACGUUGGGAGCAUCUUGGCCCCACCACUACCUCCCCGAAGCCUGCCCCAUGGACACUACUCACUGCACUUUGAUGCCUUCCAUCACCAGCUCAGUGAUGCUCCUCCAGCAUUGCCUGCCCGAACAUUGCGCAAGUCCCCUCUUCAUCCUAUCCCUGCAUCACCCACCAGUCCCCAGUCUGGUCUGGAUGGAAGUAACUCCACUUUAUCCGGCAGUGCCAGCAGUGGCGUCUCCUCCCUGAGUGAGAGUAAUUUUGGACAUUCCUCUGAACCCCCUCCUCGCACAGACACCAUGGAUUCUGUCCCAAGCCAGUCCUGGAAUACUGAUGAAGAUCUAGAGACACCCUACCUCCCUGUCAGGUACAGUCUCUCUGAGCCUGAUGUCCUAGAGUCACUCAAAUCCCAGCCAUGCCGAAGCCACUCUGCACCAUCUGGAGUCAUUCCUCAGGACACCAUGGACCCUCCAGCUUUACCCCCCAAACCUUACCAUUCCCGUCUCCCAAACAUGGAGACUGAAGAGGGAAUGAUAAUUGAAGAUGAUGACAAACACCGUCCCUUGCAUCGCAAAGUAUCCCAACCAGUGAGUGGUGGAAAGGAAGAACAAGCCAGGGUAGCGUGGGAGCAUGGCAUCAGUGAGCAGUAGGGAGAACUCCUGGGCAAGCAGCUUGCAUCAUCAUUCCAGGUCUGACAAGAAAGGAGAGACAUCAGGACUCAGAGAACAGCAAACCAGUUUUCUACUGCCGUGAGUUAAUGUCUGGAGCCCACACAAUCAAUCGGGCCAGCAUGCCAGGUUGCUGCUGCUUUCCUUUUUAAUUUCUUUUUACACCUUUCAGUUGUGUUUUUAACUUUCUGUGGACAGUUUAUUCCUUCUGCAGUUUCUUAACCACACCACAUGGCAUGUGAGCCACCAAGACUU